UCCUCCCGUCGCUGCGGCACUCUUUCAAUCGUUAAUUGCCGUCUCGGUCUCUUCUCUCUCGUUUGACUCCUAUCCACUAUCUCUAAAGUAUCUGCAACCCCUCCCUCGAUUCGAUCCCUCUUGCCGCUGUCAUCGUCGUCUCUCCACAUCGUCCUCCCCACAUCCCGGGCCCAGCCAUCAUGGCUGAAGAGGAAAGUAGGCCUCUGUUGCAGGAGGACCACAGCAGACCUCCCAUUCAUCGAUCGGCUUCGACGGAUAAGUCAUCGCCCUCGAACUUGGCCGAAACCCCCCGACCAUUCGAACUGUCCUCGGAAUCGACUCCUCUGCUCCUUCGUCGGGAAGAUGAGCCGUGGAACUAUGGCGGCGUUGAAACGAGAAGGUCCUCAUCAUCCGAGGACCAUGACUCCUCUUCCGAUGGGAACCUGAAAACUCCCCGACGCAAAUUGGGCUGGCCCCUUUUUUGUAUCGUCCUUACCCUGACCGCUAUUCUGGCCAUCUUGAUCUUUGCCUUUGUGGCACCGGCGGUUGUGAAACAAUACGUGAAGGAGGCGGCCGUCUUCCACCCCACAAACGUGUCCAUUGAGUCCGCCACAGAGAACGGAGUGCAGACCAAGGUCCAAGGCGACGUCGUGCUGAAGGCAGAUCGCGUGCAGCGAACCUCAGUGCGGAACUUGGGUCGGUUUGUCACCUGGAUUGGGAGAGAGGUUGAGACGGGCGAGUCGGACGUCCAGGUAUACCUUCCGGAAUACGGAAAUAUCCUCGUCGGCACGGCGUCUCUACCUUCGAUCAAAGUCAACAUCCAGAAUGGCCAUGUGAAUCAUGUCGGUUUUCUGGCGGAGCUGGUGGCCGGCGAUAUCAAGGGGAUUCGCGCGGUGGCGAUGGACUGGUUAGACGGAAGGCUUGCGCGGUUAAGGGUCAACGGGAAGACAACAGUAAAGCUAAGAUCGGGAGUGUUGGACUUGGGAGAGCAAACAUUGAUGGAGUCUUUCAUCUUUGAAGGAGACGAUUUCCCUCAGCUGCCUACUGUCAACAUCUCCAGGUUCGAUGUACACGAUGCAGAUCCGUCGCAAGGGAAAGGGGCCAUGGAAAUUGACGCUUCGGUCGCUUCCUUCGUCAAUUCACCUUUUGCUCUCAGAAUCCCCCCUCUGGGAUUUAAUGUACUAGUGCCUAAUUGUUCACCUGGUGACCCCUAUAUUUCUGUCGCGGACGUCACGACCAAGGAGUUUCCAGUCACCCCCGAUCAAAUGACUUCGGUUGACAUCGUUGGGAUCAUUCGGGGUCUCUCCGACGAACUGACGAAAACUUGUCCCGGAAAGAAGACCUCGCCUUUGGAUUUCCUGGUGAAGAGUUAUAUUCGCGGUCUUCCAACCACAGUUUAUGUCCGUGGAGCAGAAACGCCCGUCUUGGGCGCCCCCGAAUGGAUGGUGGAUAUCUUGAAAAGCGUGACAGUUCCCUUGUCGUUCACGGGACACGCCCUGGAUAACCUCGUCCGAAAUUUCACCAUGUCGGACGUUCACUUUGCGCUGCCGAAUCCUCUCGCAGAUCCCGACUCCCCGGAGUCUCAGCCAAGGGUGUCCGCACUGUUGAAAGUACUGAUUGGAUUACCGAAGCAGCUGCAUCUCCAAAUGGAUGUUCCCCGUGUUCGCGCCUUCGCCGACGUUUUCUAUCACGGGAAUAAGCUCGGUGUUCUGAGGUUGCCAAAAUGGCAACCGGCCAAUUCGACCACCGUCGAAGGGAAGGACUCCCCUGGUCUACUCGUGGAAUUCGGCAUGAAGAAUGCUCCUUUGGACGUGACAGAUGAGGACGUUUUGACCGAGGUUCUCCAAGACUUGAUCUUUGAAGGAGAGCCAGUCAACCUCACAGUUGCCGCGAACGUGGACGCUGAAGUCUCCACAGGACUAGGGAAAUUCGCCAUUCGUGGAAUCCCAGCAGAGGGACAGGUCAAUGUGAAACCGCCUUAUGGCGGCAUCAUCGACCAAGUCAAGCCGCAGAUAGAAUCGCUGGCGCUGGGGCCUACGACUGAAUCAUCGUUCGUUGUGAAUACGAAAAUCAAUGUCACCAACCCGUCUCCAUACUCUGCCUCGGUGCCAUUUGUGGAUCUCCUGCUGGUCUACAACACCACUAGGGUCGCCCAUGUCACUGCGCGUGACUUAACGCUUGUCCCGGGUGUGAACUCGGGCCUGCCCGUUGACUUGAAAUGGAGCCCUCUUGAACUAGACGGCCCUGCUGGUCAGGGUGCAGGCCGAGAGUUAAUCUCUGAAUAUAUAUCAGGUGCAAACACUACCGUCACAGUCCAAAGUUACAACGGAACAAUCCCCUCGCUGCCGCAGCUUGGAAAAGCGCUGUCUAAGCUCGGGUUUGAUGUUCAGAUCCCUAGGGUUCCCGUCCGACGGGCUCCUGGCAAGGAGCCGGAAGACGAUCAGGGGCCGGGAUUUAUUCAAGAUGCCACGCUACAUCUCUGGUCAUCAACGGCCGAAUUCACGCUAUCGUCGCCUUUACCCAAUACUACCAUCGAGAUUACCUCGAUAGACGCCAAGGCGUUCUACGAGCACGACGAAGAGGUUGGCAGCAUCAAUUACUAUCGCCCCUUCGAGAUACCGCCGGGUCUCUCGCGGACUCCUCGGUUACCCGUGAACUUGGACCUCGAUGGGAUUGGCUACGAUGCCCUCAAAAAGGCCUUGGGGGGCUCACUCGCACUAGAUGCGGUGGCCAAAGUUGGCGUUCAGGUUCGAAACUACAGCGAUAUCAUCAUAUAUCAUGGCAAGGGGAUCAAAUCGCGGGUUCGAAUCUAAACUUCCCUGGGCGUUAUAUUUAUCAGGCGUAUUUUGCUUUCGUUUACCCUGGUUGUCUAUUAUUCCCCGGCCAUUGCCAUUCGUGCUGUCCCCGGGGAUCUGGGUUCUGGGGAGGUUGGCGUUCACGAAUAGAUUUGCUGAUUUUCUGCCUGUCAAGAUUGCAUCAGGCUUUGGUUAAUUUUUUUUUCGGUCAAUUCAAACAUAUUGUGAUCAUAUUGGUGUCUUUGAAACGUUUUCUUUUGGAAAUUUUGCACCAGGACGAUGUCUAAUCUUCACGAUCACCUUAAUAC